AUGCAAGAUAUUGUUGGCUUACACAACGAUGAAAUCAUGAACGGCAUCUUUACGCUAAAAGAAGUUGAUAGUGUUGUAUAUGAGGUUGAUUGCAUGAUGGUUGACAAAGAAGUUUUGGCCGAAGACCGGACUACCGUGACUAGCGUGAAAGUAAAUAAUGUUGUAGAAUGCUUCCGUUUGCAUGAGAUUUUCUUCGAUAAGAAGGGAUACCUGACUUAUUUGAUGGAUUACAUGAAGAGCAUUGAAAAAGCGCUGGAGGGCAACAAUGCAACGGCCGAUGAGAUUUCGGUAUUCAAAACAAAUUCUCGGCAAUUUGGGCAAAAAAGGUUAUUGAGAAAUUUGAUGAAUAUAAAUUCUAUUUGGGUGAAAAUAUGGACGAGGACGGCAUGUAAGGUGGUUCUCAUGAGGAACCGGGAGGAUGGCGUUACCCCUUAUGUUUCACUGUGGAAGCAUGGUCUCCUAGAAAAGACUGAUUAA